GGCACCUACCUGCCAAUCGCCCAGCGUCUUGUCACUAUACAAUACUUACAAGUUGCAUGACCGCCUUUCUUCCCUUCACCCUUUCUUCUCUCCCUCCCGCAUGCAACAAUGAGACUCUCCGUCCCCCGUCUCAACAUCCCUCGUUCCCGCCCCGACUCUGCCAUCUACCUCCCCCUCACACCCUGGGCGGCCACCCCGUCGAAGAGCUUCGCGGAGUACUCUAGCUCCCUUCUCCGGCGUCGCGGCACCCUCCUCAUCUUGUUCGCACCCGCGCUCGCCCUUCUCUUCUACGUCGUCCGCGUCUACGUCGGCGACUGGGACGACUAUGAACUCGACUACGACGCCCUUGCAUCCCUACACACAUCUUAUAUGCCCUUUCAGGUACCUACUCAGACUUAUACCCCUCCUGUUGUACCCCCGAUCCCUACUCCUCCUUCAUAUUCACCCCCGGUCCCGUCGUUCGUGAGCUCACAGAACGUGACAUACCAGGUCUUCCCGGAGGACACCCCGCCGCCACCGACCCUCCGUCCGCACUCCGACCCGCUGCCCCAAGAGUGCAUCGAUGCCCACUUUGCGCAGGGCGUGCCCUGCUUCGCGCCCGGCGCGCCCAAGUUCGACUUUGUCUGGACGUGGGUGAACGGCUCGGACCUCCUCGAGCAGCACGCCAAGAAAGCUGCCAUGCACAGCUACGACUCCAAGGAUCCUUGGCGGCCGUCCACCGCGGGCACGCCUGACCGCAUGUAUCGUGACCAUGACGAGCUCCGGCAUUCGUUCCGCUCUGUGCUCGCCUCCUUCCGCCCGUACCUCAACCGCAUCCUCCUCCUUACCUCCGACUUCCCCGAACCGGCCGCCCUCAACCUCACCCUCUCGGCCUCCUGGCGACUCUCACAGAUCCCUCAGUGGCUCGACCUCGCACAGCAGACCCGCGCAGGCUGGAAGGAUGGCGAUGUCCCACUCAACAUCAUUCACCACGCCGAGAUAUUCCGUCCAUACGUGGGCACCAACUUCAACAGCCUCGCGAUAGAGUCGCAGCUUGGCCAUGUAAAGGGCAUCUCUGAUCACUUUGUUUACAUGAACGAUGAUUUGUACUUUGGCAUACCACUGCAGCCUGCGACGUUCUAUACGCCUGCAUACGGCAUCGUAUUGCACUUCGAUCCCGGCCUCAUGGUGCCGCCGGAUCCGCCCACCGUCCUGACGAAGGGCGAGUGGCGGGGCAUGGGCGAGUCAAACUACAUGCUCAGUCAACGUUUCGGCGCGCGUCACCGACCGUACGUCAUGCACCAAGCGAAGGUCGUCUCCGCGCCCAUCCUGUCCGAGGUCGAGACGAUCUGGCCCGCCGCGUUCGCGCGCUCCGCGAGCCAUCUCUUCCGCGAGACGGUCGGCCCCGCCACGCCGAGCGACAUCAACACCAUGCUCCUCCACGCGCACUUCAUCGUCGAGCGCGCGAGGGAGGGCCUCUUGUGGAGCUGGGUCGUGGGCAAGCACGGUGCGAUGGACGACCGGUGGGGCGUCGAUGAGGAUAGGCGGGCGUGGGCGGAGGUCAGCGCGGUCGGCGUGAAUGCGGGCGGCUCGGAGGUGACGGUGAGAGCGGGCCAUCGGUAUACGGUGGAGAGGGAGAGGGUGGAGAAUACGCUGAGGGAGAGCGGGAUGGACGGUGGAAUGGGGAAGACGUCGUAUCUGUUUUCCUCGUUGGACGGGUACGCAUACGCUGGGCUCGGCUUGGGCGGGCCUUUCAAGCAAGUGACGCCGGAUGUUGCGGAGGAUGAUCUCCCGACGUGCACGAUCAGCUUUGAUGAGUGCUUCCCUGGCUACUCGCGUGCGUCCGACGUCUUCAAGUACGUCGCGUUCGAGAACCCUCAGUGCGGCGACUGUAUCAUCACCGCCCUCUCACGAGCCAGCGGGCCUCUCGGCCUCUCGACCUUCCUCCCUCCCGCAGAACGCCAGCUCGCCGACCUCUCCGCCAAGAUCCCCGACAGAUCCGAGCCGAUACCUCACCUGCCGCUUGUGGCCCGCUACGACGACGGCGACUUCUCGUUGCGCGGUGUCAUGGGCGCGUCGGGCGAGCGCAACGUGCGUGCGUGGACGCUGCGCGUGCUGCAGCGCUACCGCUACGUCGUCGGGAGCACGCCCGCGGUGUUUGAGAUGCUCUUGGACACUAACCAGGUGGCGGCGAUGCUCCAGCGCGUGAACGAGAUGUCGGACACGGCGCUCAUAUGCAUCAACGACGACGUGCAGAAGGGCCACGAGACGACCGUCGCGCCGCUCUUCAGUGAGUGGCAGGAGAACCGGUGGCCGAGCCCUGCGGAGUGGGAGAGGCAGUGAGCGACGCUGUCCGAGGCCGACGACUGAAGACCGGCGGGCACCCUCCCGGUCGAGCAGCGGCUCACUCAAGUAAUCGCAAUGUUAUCGAGAAGCUGAUGAAACCCGAAUAGGAGAAAGGAAUAAUAAUAUUACUCACUCACAGUAGCGCUGCGCUGCGGGC